UGCCAUGACAGAGGCUGCUGCGCCCACGGCGAUCCCGAAAGGUGGACAUUUCGUCAGUCAUUCACACGCACAAACAAACAAAACAGAGAAAAACAAUCUGAAUCUAAAAAGUACGCCGCCACUCAUUCAUUCUAAAAUUUCCCCGUUUACAAAAGCUCCGGCUAAAAUAAACACCGAUGUAUGUAUUCAUACCACUGUCAUCUUAGCUCGAUAUGUUUCGUGACCAACAUUAGUAGCCCCGGAAAAAAGCUAGACAGAAAAACUAAAUUAGCACCCUACACACCACACUACAAAUGGUGCAAAAAU